AUGUUCAGGAAUAAUUAUCAGGGUGGAGCUGUGGUUGAGAUCUUCAGUGGACAAGGAAAAGACCCUGCGGCUAAAUGGAAACUCUGCGGAGGGCCGUCAGCCAUAUAUAAAGAGUAUAAUAAAGAAGUCAAAGGAUGUGUUUACUGUCUGGAUGGAAGCAGCCAGACAGUCAAGAUGCAAAUGCCAGAGAAUGGCAAAAUGUCUCUUGGACUUCUCCAAAGAUUUUUGGUGCUUCAAGUCAAUGUUUCUCACGGUCAUGACUUUUCUGCUGAGCUUGUGAUAACUGAUUCAGAGGGCCUAAAAAGAAGACUCCACUUAUCAACAGUGCAUAAAGAGGUGUCUGCCACACUUUUGCAUGCAAAGAUACCUUUUGUUGGACUGAAACGCAAUGUUUGGUCAACUUUAUGCAUCGACCUUGUAUCACUGAGCGGUGAACUGUUCAAGGGAUUUUUGACACUGGAUGGCAUCACGUUGUUCGCUACCUGCAAAGUCCGGAGAAUCUUCACUGUAAGAACGGAGCAUGCAGGAAUGUCAGAUGAUGACAUGUUUCACAGUGGAGCUGGUCUCAUGGACUUAAUCCCACGCAGUUGCCAGUUCCCACCAGACGUGAACCAAGUCAUUCAGGUGUUCAACAGGGAAAAUGUGCGAAAGACAGAUUUGAGGACUGGUCUUUCUAACUCUGACUGUGUUCCUACCACUGCCAGAUCAACCAGUUAUCGGAGAACCAGGCCCCAGGGCAUUUUACACACAGCCUCAGGCUCCAGAGCCUCUGGACCACCUCUCCUAACUGGAAGAAAAAGCAAGGUAACAUAAGAUGGAACUGAAAGAAAUGUAGUCUCUUUUUUUUCCUUUCCAAAUUAUAGAAUGAACCAAAAGGUUACUACAGAAAGUCAGAGCAUUACCAACCAGAGUGAGAAUUUAUCACAUGGAGAACCUUCCCACAUUCUCAAUGAGGGAGCAUCUGGCAGUUUACAGCCACAUCCCCCUAAAAAAAGAUCGGUUGACAAGAAGGGAUCUAAGAAGCUGAGAGUCAUCAGUGCUGGAGGAGAAAAGCAAACAUCAUCAAGUUCAACCAGUUACUGGAAACAUUCCUCAGAGAUUUUAGUCCAUGAUGACAUCUGGCAGAAGCAGAACCUGGUGUGGUCUUCUGAUGCUGCUGCUCACCAUAGAGGGAAUAGUGAAAGCUGGGAAAGCUGCAGUCCUUCAUCCAGCAGGCAGGAGAGCAAGCACCAGCCUCUGACCCUAGCAGAAAAGUCAGAACAUGUAGCAGCCGAUGAGUGCCACACUCCUGCAAAGGAAAGUUCAGCACUCAUGGUCACAGAGUCUCAACUGUGCUCUGUGCAGCAAGGUUUGCCUUCUGACCUGAAGGUCUGGAACAGCUGGGAGAGUAAUGAAGGGUCUGAGCCUCAGCUCACUCUGCAAGAGGAGGUGUUCACUUUCUCAUCCCAGCCUCACUCACCCAAACGAGGACAAGGCCAGGGUGACCAGGAGAAGAUGGAGAUGAGAGAUCGUCAGGUUCAGAGCAAGAUUGGGAGGCGGUAUGAUGUCCAGCCCGAGGAUGACUUUAUUGGCAGUGAAAGUGAUGAGGAUAACAACUUCACCAUGUUCCAACAUCAACAAACAAGUGGGUCCAAUCUUACAUCUCCCAGAAUGCUUGAUCCAACUUUGAGCACACAACUUGAAGGUCACCCUGGAUCUCCUAAUGUGAACCUAACACCUCCACUUAACACCGGUAUGCAGCCUCAUUCCAGUGGGAAAGCUGAACCUGGGCUGUUUCCCACACGGUGCUUCUCACCUAAUGGACUGGAACAGAAGCGUGGUCCAAGAGUUUCAGAGAAAGUAAACCGGGUUCUUGAUGUGAGCAGCAGCAUAUCAGUUUGUAGAAGACUCCUGCAAGAAGUCAAAUUGGAUGAUUCAAAACAGCACAAGGAAGAAGAAGAAGAUGAGACACUAAAGCCUGUUGAUUCCAGUCAUUGCGACUUGGACCUGCUCGGCAGUCCGCAGACACAAGAUGAUGAGGAGCUCCGAAUGCUGGCUAGCCUAAAAAGAGAGCAAGAGGAAGAUGAAUGUAAAGCCUCGGGCCUCAGUGCAUCUCAGAUCCACCGGUGUAAUGUCAGCAUCAGCAUGAGCAGUGACGAUACUUCUACAUGGACCCACAUCUCUCUGCCGACUAAUCAGGGACACCACUAUCAGACGGAAAUGAACCCCUUCCUGCAAUCAAACCCCAGGGAAUGGAUGGACGUGCUCAGCCCUCCUAUUAUGCCUCCCAGCCAGCAGAGAAGGUCAGGCAACACAUGGAACAAUGGGGGAAGUCUAGUCAGAGGAGGAGAUGAGUCAGUGAAUGAAGAGGAGAACGAGGAUGAGUAUUUGAAUCUGCUCUAUGAUCCUUGCCUGAACUGCUAUUUUGAUCCAAAGACAGGAAAGUACUAUGAACUGGCAUGA